AUGGCUAAACUGAUAAAAGUGUUGCUACUCUCUCUUUCUAUGAUAUUAUUAUUCGGAUAUAUUGAAAGCUUUACAAUAAAGAAAUAUCAACUAGCAGAAGCGCUUCAUUUGGCCAUUAAGGAAGGACAAUUGAAAGAAAUUGAUAGAUUACUCAAACAAGGAGCCGAUCCAUAUUAUAGAAUUCAAUAUUUGAUUUCAAGUUGGGAUGCGUUUGAAAUUGCCAUGUUUUAUCAGUCGAUAGACUUUUUCAAACUAUAUACUGCUCACAGAGAACAACUUGUUACACGAUCGUUAUCUGAACAGAAAACUUAUUAUUUGUAUCAGUUUGUUGUCUUUGUGGGAAUUCUUGGCUUGAGUUGUUGUGGAUUGAUUUUAUGGAAGAAAACUCUGACGGAAAAUGAAGAAGGAGAAUACAUUCUGAAUAAAACAUUGGUGGAAUUGGAAUCGAGCAAAAAGAGAUUGAAAGAUUUGGAGCUCCAAAUUGCUGUGUUAAGAGAAAAUAUUGGAAAUGUUUCUGAUACAGAAGAGACGGAAAUUAAAUUGACAGCAGUAGAAGAGUUGCAAGCCAAAUUAGAAGAUGAAACAGAGCAAAAGAGAUGUAUCAUUUGUUUAGAGAAUAUGAAGAAUGCUGCAUUUAGUUGUGGACAUGUUUUCUGUUCAGAUUGUUGUGAGGAAAUUCUUUCAGUUUCUUCAAAAUGUCCUGUUUGUAAAAAAGAAGAUCCAACAAUUCUCAAUCUCUAUGGAUUAUAA